AUGUCAUCGACAACCUCUCCCCCACAACCCCAAAUUAUCAAAGCAACGCCCGUCCACAUCAGCCGUAUACAAACUAUGGUAACCGCAGCAUUCACAAAGUACAUCGAGCGAAUUGGAAAGCCCCCGGCUCCAAUGCUGGCCAAAUACACCGAGAUCAUUCAGACCCACGAAGUCUACGUCCUCCAAGACAAUAGCACCAUAGAAGGCUCUAUCAUACUCAAGGCAAACAACGAAUCAAAUACUCUAGAAGUCGGCAGCCUAGUCGUGGACCCUGCGGCACAGGGACGAGGGUACGGACGACUUCUUAUGGAGUUUGCGGAGGAGAGAGCGCGAGCGCAGAGACGACGGGCAUUGACGCUCUAUACGAACAUCAAGAUGUGGGAGAAUCUGGGCCUUUAUCGGAAACUGGGAUUUGUGGAGGUAGGGAGGAGGGUGCAGGAUGGGUAUGAGAGGGUUUUCUUUGAGAAGGAUAUUUCCAAAAACUAG